AUGGGUUAUUCGUCUUCUUCAUCAUCAAUAGGGAUAUGUUUGUUCCUCUUCUUCACAUUUGCUUUCGUCUCCUCCUCUGCUCGUCUCAGUCUUGCAUUUACCGAAAAUGCAAUGACGGUGGUGAGAGAACGGUCAUUGAUGGUGAGCACCAACGACUACGGUGAGCCUUCAGCGAACGGUAGACACGAUCCACCGCGUGGCACCCGAGGCCGCAGACGUUGA